AUGCCAGAGACAAAGGACAAAUCCAAGGUCCAUAAGCUAUCCAUCAGAGGAUCGGCCAAGUUGGUAUCUGAAUUCUUUGAAUACUCUAUCAAUUCCAUUCUAUUUCAGCGCGGUGUAUAUCCUCCGGAAGACUUUACCACCGUCAAGAAAUAUGGACUCAAUAUGCUUGUGUCGGCCGAUGAUCAAGUCAAGGCAUACAUUAAGAAGAUAAUGUCACAACUGAACAAAUGGAUGGCCGGUGGAAAGAUCUCAAAGCUUGUCAUUGUCAUUACAGACAAGGAGACCGGAGAGCACGUGGAGCGAUGGCAGUUCGAUGUGGAGAUAUUCGGCAAGAGCUCUAAGAGCCAGACUUCUCGAAAAGCAGGAGACAAAGAGAACUCGGCUCCUAGUGAAAACAGCGCCGAGCCGUCUGAGCCCGUCGAAAAGACGGAGAAAGAGAUCCAAGAAGAGAUUCAGUCCAUCUUUCGACAAAUUACGGCCUCUGUCACAUUCCUCCCCGUUCUCGACGGUGACUGCACUUUCAACGUGCUAGUCUAUGCAGAUGCAGACUCGGAUGUCCCCGUCGAAUGGGGUGACAGUGAUGCGAAGGAGAUCAAGAAUGCGGAAAAGGUCCAGCUACGAAGCUUCAGUACGAAUAAUCAUCGGGUUGGUACGCUUGUCAGCUACCGGCAAACAGACUGA